AUGAAUUUGAAUAUGAAAAUGGAAGCAAAAAGCUCCAAUCUGAUCUCAUUGUUGCUUCUGCUUUUACUCAUAAUUAACUCUUCUGUCCCGACGUAUCAGGCGCAGAGUCCCGCCGUGCCGGUUUCCAAGUUCGAUAGUAGCUAUUUUCCACAAGGGUUUUUGUGGGGCACAGCCACUUCUGCUUAUCAGACUGAAGGAGAAGCAAACUCAAAGGGCAGAGGACCUAGCACAUGGGACACAUUUACUCACAAGUUCCCAGAAAGGAUAGACGAUCGUAGCAAUGGAGAUGUUGCCACUAAUUCCUACAAUCUUUACAAAGAUGAUAUCAAGAAAAUGAAAACAAAUUUGGGUAUGAAUGCUUUCAGAUUCUCCAUUUCAUGGUCGAGAGUGAUACCUAGUGGGAAAUUAAGCAAAGGAGUAAAUGAAGAAGGAAUUAAUUUUUACAAUCGGCUUAUCAAUGAAACUUUAAAGAAUGGUUUGGUUCCUUUUGCAACCCUUUUUCAUUGGGAUGUUCCUCAAGGACUUGAAGAUGAGUAUGGUGGCUUCUUAAGCCCUAAGAUAGUAUCUGAUUUUAAGGAUUACGCAAACCUUUGCUUCCAAAGAUUUGGAGAUCGAGUAAAGAAUUGGAUCACUAUAAAUGAACCAUAUGUUUUUACUGUACAUGGCUAUGAUAGGGGCGAUUUGGCCCCCGGCCGAUGCUCAUCUUGGGUUAAUAAAGCAUGCCGAGCAGGAAAUUCAGCGGUUGAACCAUAUAUAGUUGGCCACAACGUGCUCCUUGCUCAUGCAGCCGGUGUUCAAGCAUAUAAAAAACAGGGUCAAAAGGGCAAAAUUGGAAUAACACUUGACGUGACUUGGCCGGUACCUUACUCCACAAGCGCAGCUGAUCGUGCAGCUGCUCAAAGAAACCUUGAAUUCUCUUAUGGUUGGUUUAUGGACCCCUUAACCUAUGGUUAUUAUCCAAAGAUAAUGAGAAAUCGAAUAGGACGUCGAUUGCCCUAUUUCACAAAGAAACAAGCUCAGCAAUUAAAAGGAUCUUACGAUUUUAUUGGCAUAAACUAUUACACUGCAAAUUUUGCUUCUGCAAAUGUUACUCGCGAUCCUAAUCCAAUUCAUAUUAGAUUUGGAACUGAAAGUGCUGUUAAUUUGACGAAAUUCAGAGAUGGAAAACCCAUUGGUUUGCAGGCUUCUCCAAGUUGGUUAUAUGUAUUUCCAGAAGGAAUUCGAUAUGUUUUAAACUACACCAAAGAUAAAUAUAAUGAUCCAGUACUUUAUAUUACAGAAAAUGGUAUUGGUAAUGAUAAAAAUGGUCGCAAAGAUUUGAUGAGGAUAAAAUAUUUUGAGGACCAUUUAUGGAAUGUGCUGAAAUCUAUAUGUGAUUACAAGGUUAAUGUGAAAGGUUAUUUUGCUUGGUCAUUUGUGGACAACUUUGAGUGGUCAAAUGGGUAUACAGUAAAGAUGGGUUUAUUUGAGGUAGACCGAAAUACAAUGAUCAGAUAUCCAAAACUCUCAGUUGGGUGGUUCAAGAAUUUCCUCCAAAAUAAGAAUUCCACCGGCGGACCCAAAUGCAGUAAAAACCGGCUAGCAUAAGUUCGGAUCCCACCGGCGGACCCGUAUUUCCAUAUGGCUAUUUCUCUUGUGAGAUGUGUUUGUUGUACAAGAAAAUAAGGUUCAUUUUUUAUAAAUGGACAUAAUAAAUCGUUUGAAUAAAUAUUUGGUUAUCAUG